AUGCACCGUCUACGCAAUCGAGCAGAGAAAGAAGAGAGGCGCAUCAAGCAACUCGUGGGAAUUGCAAACAGCGUGGGACAAGUCAGGCCAAACAGAAGCUACGUUUCAGGGCUAUCUGCACCACCAAGUCCAGGAGGAAGAGCUUUGGCAGGAUUCCACCAACAACAAUUCCAAGGAUUCCAAGACAAUUGCUCCUCCCAAACUCCAACGAUCGAGACCGCGGAGUUAUCAGCCAGUUUGAAAAAGCCUAGAGGACUACAGACUAAAGAGAGAUCAGAGACGACACAAAAGAGAGAUAACAAGUUACAAGGACGGUGGUUAUAUUAA